UUAGAUUUAAACACUUCAGGAUUUAGGAACGAAGGCGAUUCUGUGUUUUCAAAGACAGAACACAGCAUCAUUGCAGCUUACCUGAUUGUGGCAGGUAUGGGUAUUCAUUUAGUUACCUGCUUCUUGGAUGGGAGAAAGGAAGAGGUGUUUGGUACAAGCAUGUAGUGUGGGCUAGCUGGUAAACGGGACUGUACCAGUCAGAGAAAAUAUGAAUGAAAGAAAAAAUGACAGCAAUGUUAUGCUGCUUCUUGACAUGGUAGAUUUUUUUAAUCAAUGAGAGCAAAGGGGUAAGAAAAGCUCUAUAAAAUGAAGUUUUAGAAAAGAAAUUAUCCAUAUAUUUGGUUCUUACAUUAAAUGUAAACAUGAACACUGUCUGCACCAUGGUAAAAGCAUGCUUUGUAUCAUUUACCAUUCUCAUGCAUAAUUUGCAUAGUUUUUGGUAGAUUUAGUAUUGGAAGGUACUGGAGGAAGAGCUCAAGUUUGAAAAAGAAAGUAGAGGGUGCAGAUGAGGUAUGCAAAUUCAGCUCCUCCAGCAGCAGUCGUGGGAAGCAGGGCUGUAGGGGGUAGCUGUGAAAGAUAGUGCACCUUUUUACUCUUCCAUGUUCUCAUGUAUGAAAUGAAGAUAAUAAAGGGAUCUGUCAUGAUUGAUAUGAAGAGUAUAUUAAAUGUCAUUGAGACUCCUAAGGGGCAUAGAUAGUUGUUGGGCAAAUAUGUUUGCUAAAAAGAUCUAAAGGAUUUUGUCAAAUUUGCUAUUAUUGUGCUUGAAAGAAUAAUAGAAAUCAGGCUGACUGAAGUUAGUGGCAUUCCAAUCAUCAAAAACUUGCUGUAUGGCACAUACUCGAGAUAGAGUUCAUUAGGAGCCUGAGGUGUAUAAGGCAGGGCAACAUAAACACUGAAUGUCAGCAUCACUCAAGAAUAAGAAUAAGCAAGCACUCUCGGAAAGUAUGGAGAAAGCGAUAGAAUCCCAUGGAUAGGAGGCUGCUUCAGAGCUCAGCCGGGCUUGGCCUGAACUUUAAAGGAUGGCUAGCAUUUUAACAUACAGAGGAACAGCACGGGGUAUGCUUUAUAAAUUUGCAAAACUUCUGAAACAGUGGGCUUAUUUCAUAAGUGUGGAAAGAGGAUCACAGCAGAUUAGGGCAAAGAGCCUAGACAAUCAGGUUAGGACACUGGGCUUUUCAUUCUUCAAGUACUGGGGAACUGGAAGCUUCUGUAGAGCUAUUGCUUAUUAUUUGACCAAGCAAGCAUACCAGCCAUGUGGAGAAAAGAAAACAGGAAUAUGAAAGAUUGGUGUAAAAGGAUUCCAAUUAAGAAGUUUUGAUGGAAGCACCAAGAUAGAAUGGAAGUCACUUAGCUGGUCCUUCUGUGUGUUGAUGUUUGGGAUUAUUCCCACUGGUUUGAACAGUAGCUGGGGAUUGCUCAUCAAGUAGUUAUUUUCCUGGGAAACACGAUUCUCUUCUGUAUGUUGCAUAACCUAGAGAGACGUCCUGUAACGGUUGCAGCUUCUCCAUUGAAACUGACUUUGCAGCAGCCUCUGCCACUGGACCUGAGACUGGCCUACAUCUGGCACAUGAAAAACAUAUGCAUCCUUUCAGCAUGGAGAGAAUGUUGAGCCAGCUAGCAUUUGCACCCCGUGUACUCAGUGAUGGUUCUUAUUGUUAGUGGCCAUACCAGCAUGCUGGUUAGUAACUUUAGUCCUCAGCUAUAAAGCUGUCUAGACCUGUCCAACUGUGGAGCACUGAAAACACUGAGUUUCUGGAUUCCAAGGCUGGGAAUCUGAUAUCUAUGGUGCUAUCACCUGUGAUAUUCCAACGAACCAGAAAUCUGUCUCGGCCUGCUGUCUGAAUGGUCAAGUAUUGCAGUAUGCAUUCUAGUAUAGUGUGUGUGUGUGUGUGUGUGUUUGUGCGUGUGUGUGUGCGUGUGCACGUGUGUUGAAUGAAGAAUUUUAAUUUUGACAUGUUGAAUUUUAAAUACUGGGAAAGUCACAUGAGCUUACUACUACAUGCUUAAUGUGCUAAAUAAUAAUGAAUCAUAAAAAUAUGAGAAGUGACAGAUGCUGUUAGGAUGGAAUGCUGUUUGAGGCUUGUUUAAGGAAACUAGGCAGACUGAAGAGGGAUUUAGUCUGCCACAGGAAAGGGUGGCUGGUCGUUCUUGUAUCCUAAUAACCCCAAUACAUUGGAGUUAUGAAAGCUACAGGGGGAAUUUAGGGACAAAUGGCCAGUGGUGAUGACGUUUGGACCAGCCUUCGGUGCUGGCUUCUGCAGUCAACAGGCUCUUUGUGUUCUAAUUUCAUUUUCAGUCACAGAAGAUGUUACAGUUUUAAGAGAAGUGGGACCUCGUCAAACAGAAGGACUAAGCUGGAUUGCUAUCUCUUUUGAAGUAACUUAAAUAUUUAAUUUUUAUUCUAGUCUAAAUAUUAAAGUUAAACAAAAUGCAUGAUCCGUUUGUGUGUACCCUUAGGUAUAAUAAGCAUUCUCAGCAACAUAAUAGUCCUGGGCAUCUUCAUUAAGUACAAGGAACUGCGGACACCUACGAAUGCGGUGAUUAUUAACCUGGCUUUCACGGAUAUAGGGGUCAGUGGCAUUGGCUAUCCCAUGUCUGCUGCUUCAGAUCUGCAUGGAAGCUGGAAAUUUGGAUAUACAGGCUGUCAGAUUUAUGCUGGAUUGAAUAUCUUUUUUGGAAUGGUAAGCAUUGGCUUGCUCACAGUUGUAGCUGUAGACCGGUACCUGACCGUCUGCUGCCCUGAUGUAGGAAGAAGAAUGACCACCAACACUUACCUCAGCAUGAUCCUGGGCGCCUGGAUCAAUGGCUUGUUUUGGGCUUCAAUGCCCAUUGUGGGGUGGGCUAGUUAUGCCCCUGAUCCUACUGGAGCCACCUGUACCAUAAACUGGCGAAAAAAUGAUACAUCUUUCAUGUCUUACACCCUGAUGGUCAUUGUGGUGAAUUUCAUUGUGCCCUUGACAGUGAUGUUUUACUGUUACUACCACGUCACUCAGUCCAUGAGAGUCUAUGCUGCCCGGAACUGCACUGCGUACCUCAACCGAGACUGGGUCGACCAGGCAGAUAUAACGAAGAUGUCUGUGAUAAUGAUAUUGAUGUUUCUGUUGGCAUGGUCCCCUUAUUCCAUUGUGUGCUUAUGGGCUUGUUUUGGAGACCCCAAAAAGAUUCCUCCUUCAUUGGCCAUCAUAGCCCCACUGUUUGCAAAAUCCUCUACAUUCUACAACCCUUGUAUUUAUGUUGCUGCCAACAAGAAACUCUUCCCACACGGUGGCAGAAAUAUUCUUGGGCAACCCAGACACAAAUUCUGCCAGCUCAGCAAACAAAGACCGCCUUUAUCUCAAACGACCGUGUGGCAGGGAAGUUCCUGGCUGGUCGCUGGUCAGCUGGGUUUGAGUGGUUGCCGCGCCAGGUUUAGGAAGGCCGUGUUUGCAAUGUUUAAAUGCCAGCCUCACCAAACAAUACCUGAGACAAGUUCUGUCCCAAUGGAUAUGCCUCAAAACCCAUUGACUCCUGGAAGAGUCUGAAAUGCAAAAAAAGAAUAUGCCAUCAAAUAUUUUACUUGUUUGGGUUUUUUUUUUGGCAGUACAUUGAUGUUGUUUUAAAUAUGAAUUCAUUUAGAUCAAGUGCGCACAAACACCAUUGCCUUAUUGACUGCAGUUUCCUCCCUCCCAGCCAGCACAGCUCUGUUGUGCAGAGGUUGUCGUAGCCGUCACUGUGUCCUCAAGGAGAACUGAGUAGCUAGGGUAGCUAGGGCUCCUUCUGUGAGUCCAGGCGCACAACUGCAGGCUCUCUUCUUUCUCUUUAGAAGGCACACAUGACAGUGUGUUGAUGACAUGCAAACUUGGCUGAGUUUCCAUUAGACAAGAAAUGGCCUCUAGAAUAUUAGAAUAUUUUAAUAUUAGGAAAAAUUAAUAAGAGAUUGAUCAAAAUUACAAUCCUGAAUAAUUAAUUGCUGAAAUGAGUUGGUCAAUGUUUCCAGCUAUGCAAAAACAUUUUAGUAUCUCAAAAUUUUGAGUUUAGAAUCAAUUAUUAGUUCAUAUUACUUAAACAUAUUUAAACAUAAACACAGCUGCUUUCUAUCAUGCCAGUCUAUUGUUCAUAUACAUUUUAUAGUAGUAUAACAUCUGUCGUUAUAUCUGUUAUAGUAGUAUAACAUUGUUGUCAUUGUUUUUUGUUUUUUAAUUUUUCAAGACAGGGUUUCUCAGUGUAACUGCUCUGACUGUCCUGGAACUUA